AUGGAUGAAAAGAAUUUUGUUGAUGUGUCUUCCUUCAUGCUGUUGGAGGCCACGGGUGACUCAGAGGCUGAUUCUCAUGAGCUCAACAUGGCUUCAGGGGAUGCUAGUUAUUAUGGUAACGACGACGACGGCGAUGCAGAGUCAUGCAUCUCUGAUAUGUUGGAGAGUAAGCCCAUUUUUGAGCUCAGGGAUCCAAGAGGACCAAGACAUCAUUAUGGUUAUCACAAUGAUGGCGGUGAUGAUGAGAAGAGAAUCAUUGAUCAAGAUUUGGCUAAUGAUGACGACGACGACGACGAUACGGGAAAUUCCCAUGAUGAUCAAGACCCUCUUCAUGUUGAUGAUGGCGAUGGUGACGACGACGACGACGACGACGACGACGACGACGACGAGGUGGUUAUGAAGAGCACUGCCAAAACUAGGCAACACAAGAAAUCAAAGGUUUGUGUUGAUUCAACCAUGGGAUUGUUGAAUGAGAUGGAAAAGAGCAGGCUUUUCUGGGAGGCUUGCUUGGCAUCUUGA